GUGUUCCAUUUUUUGUUACGUGGCAUGAAAUCAAACCGCAAACAUUCCAACAAUACUUUUGGUAAGGAAAUGUUCCAACAUUAUCAAAAAAACAAAUAAAUAUGAUUCUUAUUCAUUCCGUCCAAAAAACAAUUAAAAAUCACUUGAUUUUAUUUUUUAUUUAUUUUAUAAAAGUCCUUGGUUAAGAAUUAGAGAAUGGCAUCUCAUAGUUUGAUCCUACCAGUAACACAAAUUCGUCCCAACAGCCAAAUUCAGAAGCUUCAUUCUGUUUUAUAUUCCAAACUUUUGUUGUCUCCUUCACGUGUUCAUAGUACCAAACCCACAACAAGACUUUCAUCCUCAAUCAGGGUAAUGGGGUCUUCAGCUUCUUCCCAAUCCAACCAGCCAAACACCACAGAAUUUGAAUCAGGAUCUAAUACGGUUGAUUAUAAGUCUUUAAGUGACGUAGAAUGGAAGAAGCGGCUAACAGAUGAACAGUUUUAUGUUACUCGUAAAAAGGGAACUGAGAGAGCUUUCACUGGGGAGUACUGGAAUACCAAAACGGAAGGGACUUACCAUUGCAUAUGCUGUGACACGCCCUUAUUUGAAUCAUCUACGAAGUUUAACAGUGGAACUGGUUGGCCAUCCUAUUACCAACCAAUUGGUAAAAAUGUGAAAUCAAAGCUAGAUUUGUCAAUAAUAUUCAUGCCCCGCCAGGAAGUACUCUGUACUGUUUGUGAUGCUCAUCUCGGACACAUUUUUGAUGAUGGUCCUCCACCCACAGGACAGCGUUACUGUAUCAACAGUGCUUCCCUUAAGUUCAAACCAAGGCAGUAAGAUAGUGAAAUGUUUGUCACUCAGAUGCAGAAGGUUUAAUAUUGAACUGGUAUAACCGGCAAGCUUGUAAAUGGAUCAGUAUAUCGAAUACGUUUUUCUGUUUUUCUUUACUUGAAGAGUGAAAUUGUCCUGCGCUGAUAGUGUAUCCAAGUACUUACAAAAUGUGAAAAAGUAGCUGAUUACUGUACAAUUUCUUAUAUAAUGAAGUUUCGAGUGUUAGGCUCCUACACUUUUUUUAAAA